AUGGGCGAGCGGGCGCGAAGACCGCGAAGCGAGCCCGCGGUGAGUGCCGUCACCCACGUGCUGGAUACGUCCGCCGUUCUGGCGCACUACUUCGACGAGCCCGGCGCGGAGAUCGUCGAUCGGCUCUGGCAGGAUUCCCGCAACCGAAUCGGGAUCUGCGUACUCACGCUGCCGGAACUGCGAUGGCGCCUGCAGGCGGAGAUCGAGGACGAGGAGGAGAUCGAUCGCGCCUUCAAGGCGUACGUCGACGAACUCACGUCCGGCCUUGUCGUGGACAGGACGGUAGCGGAGAGCGCCAUGGCGCUCGCCGCGAGGCUGCGGAGCGAUUGCCGCUGA